AUGGUUCAAUUCGGCUCUCGAACUGACGCGAGCAUGACUGGCUUGCCAACUGAGCAAGCUGUCGCGGACCGUCGUGUAGGCAAUCCCAAGCGUGACCGCAUCAGAAACGCCAUCGUCAUCAUCCUAGGAGAAUUCUGCGGAACGUUCAUGUUCUUACUGCUCUCUUUCAUCGGUGCCCAGACUGCCCUCGUCACCAACAGUCCCUCGGAUCCCGGCUCUGCUCUGCUGCCUUUUAGUUUGAUGUACAUUGCUGCCUCUUUUGGUACUGCUCUCGCCGUCAAUGUCUGGAUCUUUUAUCGUGUCAGUGGUGGCAUGUUUAACCCGGCUGUGACUCUUGGUUUAGUUCUCGUCGGCGCUGUGACACCUAUCCAUGCACUCCUCAUCAUCCCUACACAGCUUGUCGCUGCCAUCACCGCUGCAGGCAUUACAGAUGCACUCCUCCCCGGCAAGCUUCUCGUCACCAAUGCUCUCGGCAACGGGACAAGCGUUGCUCAGGGUGUCUUCAUCGAGAUGUUCCUCACUGCCCAGCUCGUCCUGACAGUCUACUUCCUCGCCGUCGAGAAGCACCGUAGCACCCAUCUUGCUCCCAUCGGCAUUGGUAUCUCCGUCUUCAUCGCCCACAUCUGUGCGACCAACUGGACGGGCACAUCCAUCAACCCUGCUCGAUCCUUCGGUCCUUCUGUCGUCGCGGGCUUCCACGGUUACGACUGGAUCUACUACAUCGGGCCCUUUAUGGGUUCUCUCCUGGCUUUCGGCUGCUACAAGAUCUUUAAGGUGCUCGAGUAUCAGACUGCCAACCCGGGACAGGAUGACGAUGAUCUUGACAAGUCCGGCCACCAUCACUUCUUCGGCCACGGAAAGGAACCCAUGCCCCACACUCAUACUGACACCAUCGAGCCCAAGGAUCAUGGAGUCCCCCAGAGAAAUGACAGCGUCAUUGAUGAUCAAAUGGUCUAG